AUGGCGAGGCCCGCGGUCCCAGGACACCGGGCGAAGCUGCUGGUGUGCGUGGCCUGCACGGUGCUGGUGUGGGCGAGCAGCGGCCUGACCACGCCCACCUCGGCCCAAGCCUCCGAAACCGAGGCCCAAGCCUCCGCUACGCCCACGAACCCCCAGGCCCAAGCCUCCAAAACCGAGGCCCAAGCCUCCACCACGCCCACGACCCCCCAGGCCCAAGCCACCCAGACCGCGGCCACCGCCACGGCCGCGCCCGCCAUCCCCAAAGCCCCCCAGACCCCCCCGCCCCCGUCCGCCUCCCUCGCCACGCCCGCCCUCUCCCAAGCCGCCACGCCCGCCGCCGCGCCCGCCGCCACGCCCUCCGUGAGCGCGCUGCUGCGCUUGGCACGUGCCACCGCUGCCGCCCAGUGUGCCUCCGACGGCGGCGCCUGCACCACGGACGGCCAGUGCUGCUCCGCGCUGUGCAGCACCUCCAUAUCGAAAUGCGGGUGCUCCGACGACGGCGUGCCGUGCACGGCAAACAGGCAGUGCUGCGGCGGGCUGUGCAACGCGGCGACGCUCACCUGCGGCUGCUCCGACGGCGGCGGCGGCUGCGAGCGGAACAGCGACUGCUGCAGCGGCGCCUGCUCGCCGGCCAAGACGUGCGGCGUGGGGUGCGGCACCGGCGGCGCGGGAUGCGUGGAGAACGCGGAAUGCUGCGGCGGCUUCUGCAACUCCCAGGGCACCUGCGGCUGCCAGACCCCCGGCUACGGCUGCGAGUUUGAUGACGACUGCUGCUCCGCAAAUUGCGACCCGGGGUAUGGCCUGUGCGACUGA